AAAGAAAACCCUAAUUAAAUAUUGAGGAGCAUAAAGGGUGGUUCUUUCAGUUCCGAAUUUUUUGUUUGGGUUGAGAGAGAGAGAUGGAUUACAGUUUAGCGGCGUUGAAGGUAGUUUGUGCCCAACUCAAAGACGCCCACGAUGUUCCUUCUCAAAACGCGUUGACUCUCGGAGGCAUUCUCUUCCAACGAGCAUGGUUGCAGGGCAUUUUGGUCUCGAACUCCGGAGAUGGUCGAUUUCUCCUCGACGACGGCACCGGCGUCAUUGAACUCCACCUCUCGGGCGACUUCCGCUCCCGCGAAUGGGAUGUAGGUUGUACAUGUUUCUUUCUUCUUUCAUCGACCUUUUUAGUGCGCCUAUUAGUGCGGCUCCUUGGACUGUAUGUGAUGGUGGUUGGAGGAUAUUUUCUUCGUAAGGGAGACACGCCCAUGGUCAAGGUUCACAAGAUAGUUGAUCUCUCACCAUUUCCAGAUCGAGAAGCAAUGUGGUAUCUUGAAGUUAUUGAAGCAUACAAACUGUUCUACCAACCUUUAAUUGAAGAAUUUGUAUAGAUGUUUACCACUUCGUGGAUUUUGCGUCUUUUAUAGGAUUUCAGAUUAUGCAUCCAGUUACUCUGUCCCUGAUGAAAUGGGGCAGGCAGAUUCAAAGCUUAAAUUUUGCUGUUGGAUUUGCUCAUUGAACAAAGAAGAAUGUUGCUUAAUGAAAUGAAAGCAUUUUUUAUUUGUUUA